GCGCAAGCGCAGAACCUCACGGCCGCGUAGCUCCGAUCUUGCCGAAAACGCCUUGCGGAGAGGUUGAGCCGCUUGCACAAUGUCUGAAAUGAACGAGCUGUCCGAGCUCUAUGAGGAAAGCAAUGACCUACAGAUGGAUGUGAUGCCUGGCGAGAGUGACCUUCCGCAGAUGGAGGUAGGCGGCGGGAGCCGGGAGCCAUCCCUGAACCCCUCCCGCGCCGGGGCCCAGCCACAGCUGGAGGAGGAAGGCCCGAUGGAGGAGGAGGCCGCCCAACCAAUGGCGGAGCCGCUGGGGCAGCGAGGCCUCGCUAGCCGGCCCGGCCCUGGGGAGCAGCCAGGCCAGAUCGCGGGCCCUGAUUUCGAGAGCGAGGACGAGGGCGAGGAAUUCGAUGACUGGGAGGACGACUACGACUAUCCGGAAGAGGAGCAGCUGAGUGGUGCAGGCUACAGAGUAUCAGCGGCCCUUGAAGAAGCCAACAAGAUGUUUUUGAGAACCUCCAGAGCAAGAGAAGCAGCUCUGGAUGGCGGGUUUCAGAUGCAUUAUGAGAAGACCCCGUUUGAUCAGUUGGCUUUUAUCGAAGAGCUUUUUUCACUCAUGGUUGUCAAUCGUCUGACCGAAGAGCUCGGCUGUGAUGAGAUUAUUGAUAGAGAGUAGUUAAACGCUGUGAAGAGAGGAGGAAACUACUUGAGGAGAGACCUGGCAUUCCACUGUCUCUUGGGUUCAUUCCAAAUAGUUCCGUGCCAAUGAAAAACUUGGUCUUCAAAAAAAAAAAAUUUUUUUUUUUUUGUAGAAUAAAGUAGCGACUGCACAGUUAUGAAAAAGGAAAUUGUUAAAGAAAAAGGAUCUAAAUACUGUUGAAACCUGUCUUCAAGAAUGUCCUGAAACAUUUAUGGCUUUGACUUUGUUAUUGAUCCAGAUUUAAUUUCCUUGCAUUGAGGAAAAUAUAUGUUCCUGUAAGGGAUGGCUUUGCAAGAGCAAAAGACUCUGGUUGAACUUCAUAAUGUAAGAACUGUUAAGUGAAAAUUGUCCAGUAAAAGGAAAGCCCUACACCUAAAAAAGACUUCAUGAACAACCCUUAAAGGUUUUAAACCUGCCCAGAAAUCCACCUCGGUAUCUGAAGUUUCCCUCUGUCUCCUCCUCUAAUUAAGCUUGUUAGUGGUUAUGCACCAGCAUUGAGGAUAAUAAAAAUUUCUUGUUCUGUGUA